AUGACUCUCGCGUGCGCAAGCGUCGAAGCUGGCGACUCGAGCAGCAGAAGCAUCAGCAUCAGCAACCAUCCGCUUCCACCACCACCUGUCCACGUGACUCGACAGUCCAUCCCGCCUUCCAGAGCUGACUACACGCCGCCAUCGGAGCAGGAUGAGAUGGAUUUGCAUUGGAUGAGGGAGGCUCUGAUCAUGGCAGAUGAAGCCUUCGAUGCGCAGGAAGUGCCCAUUGGAAGCAUCUUUGUCAGAGAGGGGAAAGUGAUUGCGAGAGCUAGGAAUCGGACGAACGAGUUGAUGAAUGUGAGUGCAAUAGCAGCCAAGGCAGCAACGCAUGACUGGCGACAAUACUCAAAAUACAUUCAUGCCGUGCUUGAGCUUCGCUGAUCUUCUCCCUGUCUCAACUGGUCAUGACAGGCCACCCGGCACGCCGAACUCGAGGCCAUCGACUACAUUCUCUCACUCUACCCGCCUUCUUCUCCUUCCUUUGCAACGCACCCUCAUCGCUCCCUCACUGAUAAUCCGUUCAAAGAGACGACGCUAUACGUGACCGUAGAGCCUUGCAUCAUGUGUUCAAGUGCGCUCAGACAGGUCGGCAUCAAGCGAGUCGUCUUUGGAGCUGGCAAUGAGCGAUUUGGAGGAUGCGGAAGCGUAGUUGGCUGUCACAAGGAGUUAGUUUCAGGAGCCAACUUACACGUCGAUAGCGCGGUGACGAUCACAUGCUAAUGACUUUGCGCCCUCGCAUCAGCCCUGCACUAGUCAACUCACCGCCAUUCGUGGCCGUUGGAGGCUACUACCGCGAAGAAGCCAUCAUGCUAUUGAGGAAAUUUUACCUCACCGAGAACGUCAAUGGUGAGUCGUGCUGUCAUUCGUUGCGCUUGCGCUAAGCGCUGAAGAAAUGUAUGCGCUGCGUUUGCAGCGCCGAAUCCUAAAUCGAAAGCCAACCGGAUCCUCAAGACGAAAUUCCAACGUAAGUCCAGUGCAACAACUUGGCCUUGUCCGUUGCACGAACAAGCAGCUCACAUCGACGCUGCGCAUUGCCGCCCUCUGUCGUACAGCUCCUGGCGUGUCGAUGCACGGUCCUCAAGGUCCUCCAACCAGGCGUGGCAUCCAGCGUAAUCUGGUGGCUACCAGGUCAGUCUAUAACAGCAGCAAUGCGAGCUCCACGAGCGAGGAUCUCAGGGCGUCAGUGCUUGCGGACGGGGAAGACUCGUCUGUGCACGAGCAGCAGGAGCGUGAUGCCGGUUUGAUCGAUGAAAUGCGCACGCGAGAGAAGAUCAAUGGAACGGAUCACACUGUAGCGGAUAGGUGA